AUGAAAAAGUAUAACUAUCCUAGUAUUAAAUCAUUUAUUUGCUUGUUUAUGGUUAUGGAUUUGCAGAUUUAAUAAGACUCAGAUUGCUUAUCAUACUACAAAAUAAAUGAGAGCAUUUUAUUGAGCUUAUUAAAAAUAAACAGUAAUGGGUUAUGGAGAUAUAGAAGCUCAUAAUUCUGA